CCAGUAGGUCUCUGCGUCCUUAAAAAUAUUUCUUAAAGUACGACGACUCCAUGAUGUAGAAUUCAUCUUGUUUUGCGACCUGAUACUAGCGCUCAGUUCUUGCAUAGAACCACCACUGAGAGUAUAUUCAUAGUUUAUACAUAUAUCGUGCUUUCAAGAGUACCGCUCGGAUUAGUUUGUCAUUUUGCACAGAAACACGGGCUCUGUCUUCAUAGCUUUAAAAGCUUUGUUCGCUGUAACAAUGAGUAACAUCGAUACGCUAUUUCGGUAUCAGUGACCCUGCAUAUUCUCGCGACCGUAGCGUCAUGGCCGAAAGCGCUCCAGAAUGUUCCUUCUUCGGCGUAUAAAUACAGGCGCUCAUCGACCGGACAAAGUGCUCAGUUGUGGCAGCGUCUCGUGCACGGAGUGUGUGGGCAGCUGGCAGAGCGUUCUUGGAAGAUGGUGAAAGAAACGGGGUACUACGACCUUCUGGGUGUGAGUCCCGGCGCGUCCGCCGAGCAUAUCAAGAAGGCGUAUAGAAAGCUGGCGCUCAAGUACCACCCGGACAAGAACCCAAACGAGGGCGACAAGUUUAAACUGAUAUCCCAAGCCUAUGAGGUCCUGUCAGACCAAAAAAAGAGAGAUAUAUAUGAUCAUGGAGGUGAACAAGCCAUCAAGGAGGGGGGAUUGGGAGGAGGGGGAUUCUCUUCCCCAAUGGAUAUUUUCAAUAUGUUUUUUGGUGGAGGCAGUCCAAUGCAGAGCGAGAGGAGAGGAAAGAAUGUAGUUCACCAACUUAGUGUAACACUGGAAGAGAUGUACAAUGGUUCUACAAGGAAACUUGGCCUCCAGAAGAAUGUGAUAUGUGAGAAAUGUGAAGGCUAUGGGGGAAAGAAAGGGGCACUGGAGAAGUGUUCAAACUGCAAAGGCAGGGGAGUUCAGAUCCAGGUGCAACAGAUAGGCCCAGGUAUGAUCCAGCAGAUCCAGAGCAUGUGUCAUGACUGCCAGGGUCAAGGGGAGAGAUUCAACUCUAAGGAUCGCUGUAAGAACUGCAAUGGGCACAAAGUGGAACGGAAGAAAAAGGUUCUAGAAGUCCAUAUUGAAAAAGGUAUGAAGGAUGGUCAGAAGAUCAUAUUUCAUGGAGAAGGUGACCAGGAACCAGGGUUGGAACCUGGUGAUGUCAUCAUUGUCUUGGAUCAGAAAGAGCACCCUAUUUACCAGAGGCAGGGGGAUAAUCUUAUUAUGAAAAUGGAGAUCAAGCUGGUGGAAGCUCUCUGUGGAUUCAAGAAAACCAUUUGUACUUUAGAUGACAGAACGCUGAUCGUUAGCUCACCACCAGGCAAGGUUGUGAAGCCCAGUGACAUCAAAUUUGUCCAGAAGGAAGGCAUGCCUCUACACAGAGACCCAUAUGAGAAGGGACAACUCAUCAUUCAGUUUGUGGUGGAGUUUCCAGAGAAUUAUUGGCUCCCUGAGCACAUGCUUCCCAAACUAGAAGCCCUGUUGCCUGCUAGAGAUGAACUGAUGACCUCGGAUGACAUGGAAGAAGUUGAUCUCUGCGAUAUAGACUGCAACUCCCAACAAAACACUUACAGUGGAAGGGCAUAUGAAGAAGAUGAAUGUCCAAGGGCUGGGGUGCAGUGCCAUACCCAGUGAUAUGGCUCUCUGUUAUGUGACGUGAACCUUGCAUCCUAUGCAUGUUUUUUGUGUUCUGGUAUAGUAAGGCAUCAG